CUAAAGUAAGUGACAUGUCAAAAUAAACCCACCGUACCUAGCUCUAUUCAUUCUUCGUAGAAACCCAUAAGCAUAGAACCCUAAAUACACUGAUGUCGAUCGAUUCAAUUCGCUUCUCUGCUAAAUACCAUCGUCGCUGCUGAAGGCUGCGAAGAACACCACUGACAACUCUCGAUCGUCAGGUAGCUUGGGAAGAACAUCAUCACAAUUAUUGGGUGUUGGUAGCCUUUGAUGUUGUGGGAUGGACAAUGUGCUAUUUGGACUUAAUUGGAGAGAAUCCAUCAGAAGAUUGUCACUAAUUGUGAACCAGGGAGUGAAAAUUCAUCAUGCAUCGGUUUCAAAGAAGAGGUUAUCUCUAAAUUGGGUUAUAGUCAUGUGCCCUAAGCAAACCAGUGCUAUGGAAUGUGGAUACUUCUUGAUGAAGUACAUGAGUGACAUUGUUUGUGAUGUUAACGUCCUGAAAAAGAAUUUCUCAACAAUAAAGGACAACUCUGAACAAGACAUUUUGCAAGUGUGUGAGGAGUGGGCAGCAUAUGCAACAAAAUUGUACCUAAAGUAAGAAUUUUAUUUCCAUUUUGGUUUGUUAUUGUUGUUGCCUCAGCUGAUUAUGAACUCGGUAUCGAGCGAGGAUGCCCAAGUGUGUUCUUUAUCGAGCGAGAAGCUGAAUUAAUUUCUUAUUGUGUGUAAUGAACUUAUUUUGUUCAUUGUGUUAACAUGUUAAAGAAGCUGGAUUAAUUCCUUAUACUUGUACUUCUUGUUUACAAAUGCGGUUGAUUGAAUGAUGGUCUAGUGAAGGCCGGUUCUUGUACUUUUGGAGUGAAGGAAAAUCCAAGGAACACUUUGGAGUGAAAUUCAUUGAGAACUUUAUGUUGGGUAUACUUUUGUAGGUUCAUAUUUUGUGGAAUGUAAAACUAUUAUGCAAUGUCCCGGUUAAUUGUGGUGUCAUUUUUGCUUGAAACUGAAAACAUGCGCCCAUGUUGUUGUGGCCGGAAGUUGUAACCUAACAUGAAGAAUUAACAAUGAUGACUUAAACGCUAUUAUUAAAUUGUAAUUUUUAUUAGAUGAGAUGUAUUUAAAGUUGGUUAG